AUAGGCGGUGCUGGAGCGGGGUGGGCCUUCGGUGACGGACUCGCGAAGGUUCCAGAGGCGCCGCGUGCCGGAGGCCGGCUGCUCUCUCGCUUAGAGUCGGGCGUGUUCUCAGGCCACGGCCACGGCCACUGCGACUCGUGUCCGUGCGAUCUGCGCUUGGAAUCAGCGCUCUCGUUGCGGCGUUCCUGUUCUCAUCCUGUACCGGUGGAGCUCGGGCCUUGCCUGACGCAGCUCGACCAUGGCUUCAGCUUUGGAAGAGCUACAGAAAGAUCUAGAAGAGGUGAAGGUGCUUCUGGAAAAGGCUACUAGAAAAAGAGUACGUGAUACCCUGACCACUGAAAAGUCCAAGAUUGAGACAGAAAUCAAGAACAAGAUGCAGCAGAAAUCACAGAGGAAAGCAGAACUUCUGGAAAAUGAAAAGCCGGCGGCUGUGGUUGCUCCUAUUACAACAGGAUAUACAGUAAAAAUCAGUAAUUAUGGAUGGGAUCAGUCAGAUAAGUUUGUGAAAAUCUACAUUACCUUAACUGGAGUUCAUCAAGUCCCCACUGAGAAUGUACAGGUGCAUUUCACAGAGAGGUCAUUUGAUCUUUUGGUAAAGAAUCUAAAUGGGAAGAAUUACUCCAUGAUUGUGAACAACCUCUUGAAACCCAUCUCCGUGGAGGGCAGUUCAAAAAAAGUCAAGACAGAUACAGUUCUGAUCUUAUGUAGGAAGAAAGCAGAAAACACACGGUGGGACUACCUGACUCAGGUUGAAAAAGAAUGCAAAGAGAAAGAAAAGCCUUCCUAUGACACUGAAACAGAUCCUAGUGAGGGAUUAAUGAAUGUUCUAAAGAAAAUUUAUGAAGAUGGAGAUGAUGAUAUGAAGCGAACCAUUAAUAAAGCCUGGGUGGAAUCAAGAGAGAAGCAAGCCAAAGGAGAUACAGAAUUCUGAGACUUCAAAGCCUUUGGGGAACUGUGAUGUGGAAACAUUGUUUCCAGUAAGGAAAUGUUGGUGAGCUGCACAGAUAAACUUGACAGAUAAGUAUUUACACAGCAAAGAAUUCUCCAUUUCCUAUUGGAAAAUUUAUUUUAAAAUAACACAUUAAAUACUUCCUCCAAAGAUGGUUUUCCUUAGUAAGUGGGUCAUUUCCUUCAAGAAAGGGUAAUGCUGCAGUCCAGUGUGAAAUGUAAAAAAGCAAGCGUUGCCUAAUGAAAAUGCCAUAUUGUGUGUAUUUCUGUUCAGCUAAGAGGUAGAAAAGUCAUUGCUUGCCUUUCAGUUCCUGACUCAGCUCCCGACGUCAGCUCCCACCAAUGUAAGAAUAAAUAAAAAUAAAACGUGAAUUUUUUGCAUAAAA